AUGAGCCAAAAGACCAUCCUCUCUAAAAUCAUUGGUAAGAAUCACCAUUUAUUGUCUUCUCGAUUUCUCAGUUUACCCUCCAAACUUUUUGUUUUUCAAAUACACUACGAUGUAGCCUCCUGCAAUUUUUCUCUCCAAUCGUAUGCCAACCACAAGCAUCUCACCAAAGGAAAACAACUACAUUCCUUAAUGAUCACUUCUGGGUUUAUUCAUUUGCCUUCAUCCGUUACUAGCUUGAUCAAUAUGUACUCUAAAUGCAAUCAAAUGGAACAGGCUGUUUUAGUUUUCCAUGAUCCAUAUCAUGACCGUAAUGUGUUUGCAUACAAUGCAAUAAUUGCUGGAUUUGUUGCAAAUGGGCUUGCUGGACAAGGGAUUCGAUUUUAUAAGAGAAUGAAGUCAGCAGGUGUAAUGCCUGAUAAGUUCACUUUUCCAAGUGUAGUUAGAGCUUGUUGUGAGGUGAUGGAGGUUAGGAAGAUUCAUGGUUGUUUGUUUAAAAUGGGGUUGGAGUCAGAUGUGUUUGUUGCUAGUGCUCUCGUUAAUACUUACUUAAAAAUAGACUUAAUGGAGGAUGCAGAGAAAGUAUUUGAAGAGUUACCCAUAAGAGAUGCAGCGCUUUGGAACGCAAUGAUCAAUGGUUAUGCCCAAAUUGGUUGCCUCAACAAGGCAUUAGAUGUUUUUAGAAAAAUGGGUGAAGAAGGGAUUUCACCUUGUAGAUUUACAAUUACUGGCAUUUUAUCUAUUUUUUCUUUGAUGGGAGACAUUAACAAUGGGAGAGCAAUUCAUGGAAUUGUGACAAAAAUGGGUUAUAGUCCAUGUGUUGCAGUUUCAAAUGCACUAAUUGAUAUGUAUGGGAAAUGCAAGAAUAUUGAAGACGCUUUAGUGAUUUUUGAGAUGAUAAAUGAGAAGGAUUUAUUUUCAUGGAAUUCAAUUAUAUCUGUUCAUGAGCAGUGUGGUAAUCAUGAUGAUACCUUGAGGCUUUUUGGUAAGAUGUUAGGUUCUAGGGUUCUUCCUGAUGUGGUUACUAUCACUUCUGUACUUCCAGCUUGCUCUCACUUGGCUGCCCUCAUGCAUGGUAGAGAAAUCCAUGGAUAUAUGAUUGUCAACGGAUUGGGAAAAGAUGAAAACAGUGAAGAUGCUGUUGAUGUUCUACUAAACAAUGCUGUUAUGGACAUGUAUGCAAAAUGUGGAUGCAUGAAAAAUGCCCUCAUAGUUUUCGAUCGAAUGAGCAAUAAGGAUGUGGCGUCAUGGAAUAUCAUGAUUACAGGUUAUGCGAUGCAUGGAUAUGGUAAGGAGGCAUUGGAUAUGUUUCUCCAUAUGUGUGAGGCCCAAAUCAAGCCAGAUGCUGUCACAUUUGUUGGAGUUCUUUCUGCAUGUAGUCAUGCAGGCUUUGUACAUCAAGGGCGUUCGUUCUUAGCCCAAAUGGAACUAAAAUUUGGUGUGGUUCCGAGUAUUGAGCAUUAUACAUGUAUCAUCGACAUGCUCGGUCGAGCUGGACAUCUGGGGGAAGCUUAUGAGCUGGCUCAAAGAAUACCUCUUCAGGGCAACCUUGUUCUGUGGAUGGCUUUAUUGGGAGCAUGUCGACUUCAUGGGGAUGCAGAUUUGGGAAAAGUUGUUGGAGAAAAGAUAAUGCAACUUGAACCUAAGAAUUGUGGUAGUGGUAGUUAUACAUUGAUGUCCAGUAUGUACGGAGUCGUAGGCCGAUAUGAAGAAGCAUUUGAGGUUAGACGAACAAUGAGGGAACAAAACGUUAAGAAGACACCGGGUUGUAGUUGGAUCGAGCUCAAGGAUGGACUGCGUGUUUUUAGCACUGGAGAUAGGACACAUCCUGAAUUAAAUGCAUUAAUUAAUUGUCUUGGCAUUGGAUACAUUCUAGAUGAAGCUGUAUGUUUGGUUUAAGAAGAUAUCUCAAGGAAGAGGAAACUGAAGAAUGGGUUUCUCUAACACGCUUAUGGAAGUUACUCUCACAGCACGCAAGGAUGAUUGUCUAUGGCAAUUGGAUCCGAAGUCCGCUCUCUAUUAUGAGCUUAUGAGGAUGUUGAUAUCCACCUCUACAAAAGCAUUUGGAAGCACAAAUAUCCAAAUAAGAUCGAACUUUGUCACAAAGGCAUCAAUGCAUGAGGUAAUCCAAAAGCGAUGGUCGAAGUGGUGCUCCUUGGAUGGUGUGUUCGGUGCGUAAACAGAGACGAAGUCCGAGAGCACUCACCCCUGUUACAUUAAUUUUUUCUGAUGAUUUUUGGUGCCCUGUCCUAAAGGCUCUCCCAAAUGAUAUGAAGUACUUAUUCCAGACCUCCUUGCUCGGCCAUCUUUUCAAGGAAGGAAAGAAAAUUUUUAUGGCUACAGAUUAUUAGAGCCUUCUUUUGGUUCUUUUGUGUUGAUUUAGAUGGAAAGGAACGACUGCAUCUUCAACAACUCAUUCGCAACUCAGACUGUUUUCUUACCAUGACUCUUUGGUGUAAAUUUUAUCCUCCCUUUACCAUUUGUAGUCUCAAUAAUCUUAAAGCUAACUAGAGAGCUUUCUUGUAAUCUCUUUGAUGGGAUCUCUUGCAAUGUACUUACACGAGAGAUCUGUACUUUUAGCUUGAGGAGAUUCACUUGUUUGUACAUUAUUAUGAUUGCUUUUCUUGAUUUCUUUAGAACAAAGAAGCAUGCUGACAUGAAUUUCUGGCAAUAACACUAUCGUGAUGUUGUGAAGAUUGGGCAUGGUGUUAUCAAUUAGUACAGAGGUUGCUUUCCACAGUCUUUUCUUCCUCGUCUGGCAAAUCGCGGCCUGUAACUUCAAGCUCUCACCUUUCUCAACGGACACCGAAAUGACUAUCGCAUCAUCGUUUGUGAGCAUCUACCGAAUGGAAGACACCGUCGAUCUUAGAAGUAGAAAGUAAAGAUAUCAUGAAUAGGGAGAAAAGGAAGUAGAAGUCCAACAUCUCAUAUGAAGCAAGUCCUUCGGCCACAAAAUCCCAACUGCAAUAUUUUGUAUUUUGUAUUGUUAAUAAUUGUAAUAGGUGCAAAUUAUAAUGCGUUGAGGCCAUAGACUUCUACGGUAGUAUUGUGUUCUCGUGAAAUUUCUAGCAAUCUUAUCUUAGUAGAUUCAUUCGUAAAUUUAUAGAUAGAUACUAAUUCCUUCUUUUUCUGUAAUACCAUGACAAAUAAGCAUG